AUGCCUUCACCCACGGUCCAUACUCAAGAUCAGGACCCCGUGGAGUUAAUGCUGAAAAAAACCGGCUGCAUUGAGCUCCACUACAAGGUGCAAGAGUGCAUCGCUGAGACAGGUGAUUGGCGAGCGUGUCAAGAUAAGGUAAAGGAGUUCCGGACGUGUAUGCAGAAGUACGUGGACCAGCAGAGUAAGAAGUAUGCCCACGUCAAAUAGCAUUCUGCAAAAGUUUCUCAGCAACAGCGUCGUCUUCGAAAAGUCCACCAAGUUGGCUCUGGUGGUCCGCGGAGACCUCAAAAUGUCCAAGGGCAAGACAGCCGCCCAGUGCGCUCAUGCGGCGGUCAUGUGUUAUCAAAGUGCCGCCCAAGGCACCAAACAGCAAAACGCAAUCCUGCAGCGCUGGUGCCGCUUGGGGCAGCCAAAAAUUGUACUCCGGGUGGACAAUUUUGAGCAACUUAGCGGUUUGGAACGGAGGGCACAAGAAGCUAACCUCGUGUCUGCAUUGGUACGAGACGCCGGGCGCACGCAAUUGGAAUCUGGAACGGCGACAGUUCUGGGACUGGGACCGGCUUCAAAUGAAGAAUUGGACAAGCUGGUAGCAGACUUGAAACUUUUGUGAAUUCAUAUAUUAUAUUUUAAAACAAUUAAAACAAUAAUUAAUUAACAAA